GGAAGGAACGGAGGGAAGGAUGAACAGAUAGAGGGACCAGUCAGUGACUCAAUGAACGGAUCCCGACCGCGGCUUUUCCAGAGUACCGAACCGGUGAGGAGACACAGAACGUUUUGAACCCACACUGAGCUGACCCAGUAGACCUCAGUAGAGUCCAGUGAGGGUUCGGCUGCAUCGGCAGAAAUGGCAGCCAUGUCCGUGGCUCCGUCCUCCCUCUCCUCCAUCCGACCAUCCCGCUUCCUCCUCCUCUCCUUCUUUGCGCUGCUGUUUUGGCCCGGAUCCAUCCACGCAAGCUCCGGAGAGAAAAACUGUUCGGCCAGCGGAGACCCGUGUCAAGAAGGAGUGGUACUGCCUGUGUGGAACCCUCAGAACCCCUCGGUGGGGGAUAAAGUGGCGCGGGCCAUUGUUUACUUCGUAGCGCUCAUCUACAUGUUCCUGGGCAUGAGCAUUAUAGCGGACCGAUUCAUGUCUUCUAUAGAGGUCAUAACCUCCCAGGAGAAAGAGAUCACCAUAAAAAAAUCGAACGGUGAGACCACGACGGCUACAGUCAGAAUCUGGAAUGAGACCGUCUCUAAUCUCACUCUAAUGGCCUUGGGUUCCAGCGCCCCCGAGAUACUGCUGUCUGUUAUUGAGGUGUGCGGCCACGGUUUCGAGGCCGGCUCUCUGGGUCCCAGCACCAUCGUGGGCAGCGCCGCCUUCAACAUGUUCGUCAUCAUCGCCCUGUGCGUUUACGUGGUUCCCGAAGGAGAGACGCGCAAAAUCAAACACCUUCGGGUGUUUUUCGUCACGGCGGCCUGGAGUAUCUUCGCCUACAUUUGGCUUUACCUGAUCCUGAGCGUGUUUUCCCCUGGAGAGGUGGAGGUUUGGGAGGCGGUGCUGACCUUCCUCUGCUUCCCGCUCUGCGUGGUCCAGGCCUGGGUAGCCGACCGCCGCCUCCUCUUCUACAAGUACGUCCGCAAGCGUUACCGUGCCGACAAGAAUCGCGGCAUCAUCAUCGAGACAGAGGGAGGAGCCGACGGAGGGAUAGGAGGCAUGGACGGAGAAGGCGGGGGAGGAGCGCUGGGUCCAGGCGGCUUCACCAAAAUGGACAUGCUGGAGUUGGACGGCCAGAUAGCGCUGAACUGUCACAGCGGGCUGGACGGAGGGCUGAUGGAGGAAGGAGGAGCAAAGGACGAGGAGGACGAGGCCAGGAGGGACAUGGCGAGGACGCUGAAGGAGCUGAAGCAGAGGCACCCGGAUAAAGACAUGGAGCAGCUGAUCGAGAUGGCUAAUUAUCAGGUCCUGAUGCAGCAGCAGAAGAGCAGAGCUUUCUACCGUAUCCAGGCGACCAGGAUGAUGAUCGGAGCUGGAAACAUCCUGAAGAAACACGCCGCUGACCAGGCUCGCAAGGUGGUGAGCAGCCACGAGACCCAGGCCCAGGAGGACGACCCUCACACCAUCAGGAUGGAGUUCGAGCCUCCUUUGUACCAGUGCUUUGAAAACUGUGGCUCCCUGAAGCUGACCGUCGCCAGACAUGGAGGAGACGCCGGAGUUACCGUCAAGGUGGAUUAUCGCACAGAGGACGGUACAGCAAACGCAGGUUCAGAUUAUGAGUUUGCCGAGGGAACGCUGCUCUUCAAGCCAGGGGAGACCCUGAAAGAGAUCACAGUCGGCGUGAUUGACGACGACAUCUUUGAGGAGGACGAGUAUUUCUACGUCCACCUCAGUAACCCUCGUGUGGUCGGAUACCCUGAGAUCGGCACCGCCCCUCUGGACGCCAGUGCCACGCCCAAAGCAGUGCUGGGUGACAAUCACACAGCCACAGUUACCAUCUAUGAUGAUGAUCACGCAGGCAUCUUUACCUUUGAGAGCGCCACCCAGAAGGUGAGCGAGAGCGUCGGCGUCAUGGAGGUGAAGGUGUUGAGGACGUCGGGGGCUCGAGGCCUGGUGGCGAUUCCCUACCGAACCCUGGACGGCACCGCUAAGGGAGGCGAGGACUACGAGCUGGCUGCUGGGAAGCUGGAGUUUCAGAAUGACGAGACCAUGAAGAUAAUCGAGGUGAAAAUCAUCGAUGACGAAGAGUACGAGAAGAACAAGACGUUCACCAUCGAGCUGGGAGAGCCGGUUCUGCUGGAGAUUGGGCAGAAACACGGUGACUCCAAUGAGAACAAGCCACUGGUGGGAGCAGAGGAGGAGGAAGUGGCCAAGAUGGGAUGUCCCAGUCUGGGCGAGCACACACAGGUAGAGGUGGUCAUAGAAGAGUCCUACGAGUUCAAGAGUACAGUAGAUAAGCUGAUCAAGAAGACCAACCUGGCCUUGGUGGUGGGAAGCAGCAGCUGGAGGGAGCAGUUUGUCAGCGCUGUGACUGUUAGCGCAGGAGACGACGACGAGGAGGAGAGCGGCGAGGAGCGUCUGCCGUCCUGCUUCGACUACAUCAUGCACUUCCUCACCGUCUUCUGGAAGGUUCUGUUCGCCUUCGUGCCGCCCACCGAGUACUGGAACGGCUGGGCCUGCUUCAUCGUCUCCAUAUCGCUCAUCGGCGUCCUGACGGCCGUCACCGGAGAUCUGGCGUCGCACUUCGGCUGCACGAUAGGCCUGAAGGACUCGGUGACGGCGGUGGUGUUCGUGGCGCUGGGAACGUCGGUGCCAGACACAUUUGCCAGCAAAGUCGCCGCCAUCCAGGACCAGUACGCCGACGCCUCCAUCGGCAACGUCACCGGCUCCAACGCCGUCAACGUGUUUCUGGGCAUCGGCGUGGCGUGGACCAUCGCCGCCGUCGCCUGGCGCUCCAAGGGGAAGCCUUUCAAGGUGGAUCCGGGCAGCCUGGCCUUCUCCGUCACCCUCUUCACCAUCCUGGCCGUGGUGUGCGUGCUCACGCUGCUGUACCGGCGGCGGGCGGCGGUGGCCGGCGGCGAGCUGGGCGGGCCGCGGACUUGCAAGCUGCUAACGUCGCUGAUGUUCGUCUCGCUGUGGCUCAUUUACAUCCUGCUGGCUUCACUGGAGGCCUACUGCCAUAUACCAGGGUUUUAAAUGGAGAGGGGGGAGAAGAGGGAGAGAGACCUACUGCCAAGAUGUGGAGAGAGAGAGAGAGAGAGAAAGGGCGAGUCUUCAGGGAGGUCGGAGCAAAGGUGCACUGAUGUGUUUAAGCUUUUCACUGGAUGUUUUUUCUCGUUUUUCUUGAAAGAUGAGUCUCAUUUGACACUAAAACUCUCCAAUGAUGUCCAAACUAAUCCUCGACAUUGGUGUCCUUUUCUUACUCUCCAUCCAUCCAGCGAGGAGGAAACUUCCACCAUAAACACAUUUUCUAGAGCUAAAGAUCAACUUCUAUCCUCAACAGUUUAAUAGUUGAUAAAAAAGCAGGAGGGAAGAUGAUCAGAGGAGAAAAGAAGUCAGAGAAAACCUGAGAAAGGAAGAAAAGAGAAAAUCUGAGAGAACAGAGGAAAAAAACAGGCAAGAGAAGAAGAAUAGAAGGACAGCAUCCCCUCCUGACUCCCUCUCUCACUCUCUCCAUCUUCACACUAUCGUCAUGGCAACGGUGAAUCCUCCUGUCAUAACCUUUGAACUCUAACACUAUCAGUGACUUAUUACUUCUACAUUUUUUCCCCCAAAUGCACACACACACACACACACACACACACACACACACACACACACACACUUGAUUCUCACCACCUUGCAGGCGAGAUGAAAACUGACCACCUUUGUUUUCCUUCCUGGAUACACUGUGCAAAGCGAGUCCCUCCACCUUCUAACACAUCUACACAACCUGUACACUUCUAUCCCUGCGAACAUACUCUCCCCCGUCCCUCCCUCUUGCCUUACUUUUAUCUCCCCCCCCGUAGGAAUCGUCUCAAAGUUGUGAUAAUGAAAAUGCCGUAGUCGCCACCAACUGGUCCUCUUUUUUUCGAUUGAGCCAAUCCCGAGUCCUUUUCCCUUGUUCCUCCCCGACCCAGCGCUAUUUUUUUUUCUACAACUCUUCAAUGGCGUCACGUGUUGAUGUUGUUACCGUGCAAUUGUAAAAAAAAGUAAAACAACAACAACAACAUGAAGAGAUGAAGAAAAGAGGGGUCCAGAUGUUGGAGUAGAACGUUUUCCACCUCUAAACGGGUGAUUUUGUUGCAGUGCAGCAGCAUUGUGCACUAAAUAUGGUGAAGUGCACCGUUUACACUGCGGCCAAGCAGCAAGUUACGCACCGCCAAGAGACUUAGACACGAGAAGGACCGAUCAGAAUGAAGGACUGACUUUCUUUGAGGACGACGAUGACAGCGUUGUUCAUGACAAAUCAAGACUGUGACCAUACCCAGUGUUUCUAAAUGUACAUGAUAAUAUAAGAAACUUUUAUCGAUGUGUGUGAGAAAACAUUGGUAUUUCGUUUAUGUUGAGCUCCCCUCUUCGUACGGAAAACUGUGGAGAUAUAAAAGAGAAAGAUCCACGAAAGAGUCGGACGCUGUGAAGGAAAUGUACGGCAGCUUUGAAAUAUCACGACUGUUCUGCAUCAGUUUCUGUGUACGCAAGGACAUAAAAACCACACAAGUCUCUGUUAUCCAAAGAUUUAAUAGACGAACGUUGUCACUUCACAGGUAGAGUUCAGUUCAUUUUCAGUUUUACUCACAAAUCCUCCACAAGCUGUUUCCUGGAGUCGGUAAAAACUGGCAAAUCGAUGAGUGUUCACACUACGGCUAAAUGAUCUGACAUCUUUUAUGAGAAAAACUGUGCUAUUUAUUUAGUUUUUGUGCAAUGUUUGUUGACUCAGGCAUGGUGUGUGUGGAAGUGAAGCCAGAAUAGCUCGAAAUGAGAAUAUUACGCCAUAUAUCAUGUAAAAAAAAUCAGCUGUUUUGUCUGAGUGUUGAAGCCCAGAUUAGCGUUAUGUGGUGUCAUUACUGCUGUCCUGCCCGCAGGCUGGACUGAAACUGGACAGAAGGGACGGCAUAUGGCUUGUCAGUGUAGAUUAUUAUUGAAUGCAUUCCCCUUGUUAACAAUAGUAUAGAAAGAGGAGCUCCGCAGGAACCGAGCCGCUUUCCUCUCAGCUGCCCACCGCGCUGAUUGUGAACUUCAAGGAGAAUCCUCCUGAGAGAAAACAAUAAUUUGGCUUUUUGUUGUCCUCCAAAGUGAAAAACCGGCCUGAAAACAGCAAUUUACCUGCCCAGCAUCCCCCCUUUGUUAAAUAUGGACGAAUUAGCCGCCGCUUUCAGCCCCCAUGUAAGCGCAGGCUUCACAAAGGAAAAGCCUCUGAUGUCGCCUGAACAAGGUCGGUGCUUGUAAAAAAGGGAUUUAAGUGAUUGAUUUGGAGCUGGGGGACAUUUCUCUGCGGGGUAAAAUGCCGUUUUGUUAGCUUUUCCCUCUAAUGUGACAUUUUCGGUGCCACACCAGUUCCCUUUCGCUUUCCGACGGCUAUAAAGUGGAAAUGACAUAUUCCAAACUUCGACUGUAGAGGGUCAGUGAAAGCAGCAGUCGAAGCUUCAAACAGCUGUUUUCCAGCCAGAGGUUCAUUGAUAGAAAGAGCUUGGCCUCCUGCCACGUUGCUCUCGGCCUGUUUCAAAGGGAUAUUUUCUGGCUGCUAAUAUUUACCAUUGCUGUCUGGAAUUAAGACAUGAUUGCUGAGUUUCCACUUCAUAGAGCAGGCACCCUGGAGCUCGGAGGGUUUUAGUGUUUUGGCCAAGGACAGUUCAAUGUGUUAGGAGUCAAAAAAAAAAAACUGAGGUCAUGUCGAGUCCUUCAGUCUCCUCAAAGUCCAUCGUCCUUGGAAAAUUUCAGCGAGUAAUAAAAAAACUAAAUUGUUAUUUGAGCAAAUUAGCACCAAAAGGCCUGUUGAAUGUUAAAAAUUGCCAAAAUUUUCUCAUUUAUCAGAGCCAGGAACUGUCAAAGCAGAGAUAAUUAUUGUGCUUUUUUAACUUUCCGAUGGUCUUUGAACCACUCAUCUGUGACAUCCUGUCCCGUCAAAAAACUCAACUAAAUCUAAGCCUAAAAUCAUAUGUUCUUAAAAUCACUUUUUCUAUGGGUCUCAUUUAAACAGUCCAGCAGUCCAUGAAGCCAUAUGUGAUGAAUACAAAUAAUUGUGUGACUUCUCGGCUGAACUGCAGGCUGUGUUUACAUAGGAGUAGUCUGUAUUAGGUAGUUUUUGUGCAGUUUUUGUCCGCUAGUGGUCAUCAAAAAAAUUCAACUGUCUGUUUCUUUUUCUGUGAUUAAUGGCGUUAUAGCUGUUAUGCUGCACAGAAGACAUUUCUAACUUCUCUCUACUUCUAGUCAUGGUUGUGCUGGUUCCAUAGAGGGGCAGGACUUCUUAUUACAGUGAAAAAUGAGCCCACAGUGAGUAAAAAUACCUCAAAACUGCUUUGUGUGAUGAUAACUUUAAAAUGCAAACAUUUUCAAGCAGUUUGAGGAAUUAAAAGCGUUUUUUUCCUGAUUUCUGUGCAGAUCUUUGGACGUGGAAUGGAAAUUGAUGCGAAUCAGAUUUGAGUGUUGGAAAUGGCAGCAAUCGGGUUGAGAUGACUUAACUGCAGAUGAGAUCAACGUCCAGUUACUAACGGCUUCUUUCAGCACUACGAAUCCACGAAUCAUUCAGGGUUCAUAUCUUUUCUGGCGGUUUAUCCAAUAUUUAUAUUUCAGUCGGAGCCAGAUUUUGCCCCAAACUGGACCGGACAUGACCUCGGUGUCCUCGGCUGUAGCUUCAGGCCCGACCGCUCGCUGACACCGUUUGGAUAACUGUCACGCCACCGAAACUCCGGAUCCUUUUCAUUACCUGCUCCAGUCUUUCCUGCAGGAAGGCAGACAGAGGUCAUGAGCCGGUUGACUCUGCAGGACGCCAGCUGGGCCAAACUCUCUUUUCCUCAAUGACUGAGCCUUCCGUAGCAGUUUAAGAAUGAGUGGGCAGGAUAAUAGUGCUGCUGACGCCACAGGAACACAAAAACGCUGGGCCGCAUUUAGAAAUCGAGGCUUUUUAAAGGCUGAUAAGCCUCGCUGGAGGACGGCUGCGUGUGCAUGCUUUAUUAGUGAGCAAAGAAAUGCAACCAUAUUUUUAGUCUUUUUGCCUGUUGCUUAGCGACCAUCUAGCUGCUAGCCGUUGUCUUCUUGACUGUUGCCGGUGUGUGCGAGGCAUCAUGUGUGCGUCAUCUAACAAUUCCCCCUUUGUGUGUGCUUGCCUUCCUUCCAGUGAAUGUGACAGUGUAGUUUGGUUUUUCUCUCUCUGGGGAAAAGUUCAACACGUCAAGUUUUUCUCUUUUGCUUUGUUUCUCCCCCGUGCCUCCCCUUCGUUUGCAUGUGUUUCCACUGUGUAUUUGUGCCUUUGUGUGUGUGUUUGUGUGUGUGGGUCGGUGUUCUAAUCUCCUUACGAGGGCUUGCCCUGUGUGUCCCUGGCUGAGUCCCAUAUGCUAGAUUAAUGAAUUCGAAUGCCAACCUGACCCACAGUAAAAAAGAAAAAGACCUGGAAAUUGGAUUCCCCGUCUAGUGUGUGUGUGUGUGUUUGUGUGUGUACCCGUCAAAUAAGAUUAGAUAUAUAAUAGAUCUGGCUGUCAAUCGAGGCUGGGAAUAGAUGGUGGCACUUUGCUUGAUAAAGAGUGUGUUUGGAUCGGUACCGUUAAGGUCUCUGCCUCCUCGUAUCCUGAUUGGCCGGUUGGCUGCAUGUAAACACGUGUGCAGAUUAAUGCUAAUUCACGCACAUGUGCAGAGGAUCGAUACAGAAAUCAGUCGACGAAGCUACACACACGCUUUUUCUCUGCCGCUGACAGCAUCUAUAAAUAGAACUGUGAGGAAAAUGUAACACUUAAAAUGAGAAAAUAUCUACAGUUGUGGCCUGAGAAGAAACUGAAAUGUGUUUAUUUCCUGUAUAAUUUGCUGUGUGUGUUUGAGGUGAGAGAAAAUGACUUCAUGAUGGAAAGAAUAUUUGUGAAAGUAUUUGUUUGAGUACACCUUGAAGCUGGUGGCAUUGUUGUUACACCCUUUUCACAAUUUUUCUGAAUGAAAACUGUUCGGCAACUAAUUCACAAAGACAUUAUUAAUAAUAAUAAUACCAUGGAUAAAUGCAGACAAAACAUAUUAGUGAAAUCGCAAAGUAAUCCAAAAUUGGCAAAAUUCUGAAUGUUACUCAUCGCUCUGAAACUCUACUUCUUACAUUUUCAUUGAAGAAAAUCGAUGGGAACGUAAAGCUCCUCCUAUUUCUGAACUCUACUCUCUGAUUGGCUGGUUGACAGAAUGGAUAGCCAAUCAUACAACGGGAUCCAUCCUGCUUGACUUUCUACUUUGUGUCAUUGAAAUUAUAAAAGAAAAUUUCACAAUACUGAUGUGAAUGUUAGAAAUGUGUUUUCUCACCGUUUCUUCAUGGUUACAUUACAUAUUUUGUCUGUAUUUAUUCAUAGAACUGUUUCUUUUUUAAUGUCUUACUUUUUUUGGAGCAUCUGAAGAAGACACUGUAAGGCAGUUGUGUGCUUUUUGGAAAUGUUUGGAUUUAUCUAUAUAUAUAAAGAAUUUGGUACAAGUAAUUCCUAAAUAGUUCAUAAAGAACAAAAUUAAUUUACAUUUAUGUGCUUUGCCACCAUUCUAAUUUGGAAACAUCUCCAGUGUGUGUGUUUCAGACCACUAUGUAUUAACCAGUGUGUAUUUUCUUUGUUUUCUACCUUCUUUUCUUCCCACCUCUACGUUAGCCACUCUCUACCUUAUAAAUAUUUAUAUAUUUUUCACUUUAUACUCAUGCAACCCUAUUUAUGAGGUCACAAAGUGCUUUUGAUAAAAAAUAUCUGGUAUUUAAUUUUUUUCAUUCAUUUUAUUAUUAUUAUUAUUACCUUAUUGUACUUUUUGUUGCAUUUGUUUUCAUGUUGUUCUGGUGAUUUGUUUUGUAAAAGGACAAAAAAAAUCCCUCAAAGAGUAGAACAACUUAGAAUAGUAACAAACUACAAUGAGUGUGCUCUUAUCCUUUUUAGUGUGUGUGUGUGUGUGUGUGUGUGGGUGUGUGGGUGGGUGUGUUGAGGGUGUGUGUGGACGUGUGCAUUUCUUCAUAUCAUUCCGUCCAUGAGUGUGUCGAUGCAUGAAUUAAACUCAUUCUGAAUACAGUCUUGAUGUUGGAAACUGUCGUAGUAAAGAGUAAAGUAUUUUUCAAUGCUGAAAAUGACAUGAUAUGAAAAACGAUAUAGAUGUUUACAAAGACCAAACUAAUCUCUUUCUCUUUUUUUUCUCAAAGAUGAAAUAAAACUUGACUGGCAAAUGCUCAGAA